AUCAAGGACGUGGCCGAGGACCCGCAAAGGCUGCUUCUCGAUGUAUGAUAGAGCCAGCCGUUGUCGAGGCCGUCUAUUUACAGCUUCCUGUGCCGCAUCAAACUUGCUCCAAUACUACCGAUUCCGUGCCCAUAGCGUCGAGCUCCGGAGAUGGCAUCUCCGGCGGUGGAGGCAACCGCCGCGACUGCUCUCCGCUCCGUCAUGUUCAGGGUCCGACAGGCGGCGAGGCGCGUCGGAAGAGAGCCCGACCGAGUCAGGGUCGUCGCCGUCUCCAAGACCAAACCUGUCUCCCUUAUCCGCCAAAUCUACGACGCCGGUCACCGCUGCUUCGGCGAGAAUUACGUCCAGGAAAUUAUCGACAAAGCUCCUCAGCUUCCUGAAGAUAUAGAGUGGCAGUUCAUAGGACACUUACAGAGCAACAAAGCUAAAACGCUUCUGGCUGGAGUCCCAAACUUGGCAGUGGUUCAAGGUGUAGAUAGCGAUAAGAUCGCAAAUAAUCUUGACCGAGCUGUUUCAAAUCUUGGAAGACACCCCUUAAGGGUUUUGGUCCAAGUAAACACCAGCGGAGAAGCAUCUAAAUCUGGAAUCGAACCUUCAAGUGUUGUGGAGCUUGCAAGACAUGUGAAACUGCACUGUCCUAACCUCGUAUUUUCUGGACUGAUGACAAUAGGCAUGCCCGACUAUACAUCUACUCCAGAGAACUUCAGGACAUUAUCGAACUGUAGAACUGAGGUCUGUAAGGAUCUUGGAAUUGCAGAGGAUCAAUGCGAACUGUCCAUGGGCAUGUCUGGUGAUUUCGAGCAAGCGAUUGAGAUGGGAAGUACUGUUGUGAGGAUCGGUUCGACGAUUUUCGGGCCAAGAGAGUAUCCACAGAAGCACCCCAAGUAAUAUCCUCAAGGUACACAUUUAUUAGUAUUUUGUGUAAUUUGUCAUAUGCUACAUAUAUUUACAUUUCUCUGUUAUAAUUGGUCUUUGGAUAUUUUAAUUGCAAAAAAUUCUCGUAAAUGUAUCCUCAAUUACAUUUAUUAA